AUGUCAUAUGAAGGAAACUCGUUUUACAACUACGGCCAACAGAGUCUUAGCCAGCAGCAGCAGCAGCAGGCUAAGAUGUACCAGCAGCAGCAGCAGCAACAACAACAACAAGUUAAGCGUCAACAACAACAUCAACAUCAACAGCAGCAGCAGCAGCAGCCGUAUCUUUUGCAGCAAAUCCCUCAGCAACAACAACAUUCACCCGUGGUGCCACCAUCUCAACAGCUGAUGAUGUACUCGAUCCCACCACCACAUACGCAACAGCACAUGUCUUACCAACCAUACUACCCUCAACAAUUUCAACAAUUACAAGCGCAACAACAUUCGCAGGCUCAGCAACAGCCUCAGCAGCAGGCACAGCAAGCUCAACAGCAGGUGUUAAGCGGUAACGGGGCUCAUUUUUUCGACCAAAACAUGUCAAACAAUUACAUGUUGGGCAUUUCCCCGACUCAUAAUUUGCAGCAAAGCCAUUUUCAGCCCCAGCAGUUGAGUUAUUAUAACAUGCAUCAACAACAACAACAACAACAACAGCAACAGCAGCAACAGCAGCAUUUGCAACAACAACAACAACAAUUACAAGCGCAGCAAGUGCAACAAAUUCAACAAGCGCAACAACAAGCACAGGCUGUUGCUCAAGCAAAGGCCAAUGCUGUUGCUGCCAACUCAAUGGAAAAGAGAAGUAACAAUAGCAGUAGACCUCCACGAGCAGCUUCAGCUGCCGCAAACGCCAAGCUGAAACAGCAGGCACGUCAAGAAUCACUUGAAGUGCCUUCUCCAGCAGAACCGCACAGUUUAGUGAUUUUCCCCAAUUUCCCCGAGAGAUUACAGAAAAUCUUACCUGCACCGCCCUUAAAUCAAGCCCCAAUUAGACCCGAUAUAACUGUGAGCACCACCGCUCGGCGUGCCAAGCGUCGUUCCAAAUUUAGCCAGGAGCAAGACGACUUGAUCGUGAAGCUUAAACGCAAGGGGAAAAGCUGGGUUGAAAUUGCCGAGAUAUCAGGUGUUGGUUCGUACUUGGCUGCGAGAAAUAGGUACCAAGUCAUUGUGGGACAACAGGGAAACAACAACUCCAGUGCAUGGGAUAACAAUGACAAGAUCUUUUUGAGGAAUUUGCUUGACGCGGCGGAAUUUGAGAAAUGGCGUUACAUCACUGCCGAAUUGAACAAGUCAAGUGGCAAGUAUUUCACCGAUUACGAGUGUCGCGAGAUGGUGCGUGAUUUGUUUUGGUCUAAUCCCGCCAGUUUUGGAGUUAGCGAGGAGACCAUAAAGGAGAGUAUGAAGGAGAAGAAGCAAACUGAAAAGACCAUUGAGCAGCGUGAACAGCAGCGGAAGAAGAAAAUGAACAAUGCUGCUGCUGCUGCUGCUGCUGCCGCGGCCGCGGUUGUCUCGUCUGCUGGAAACAAUACUGCUGGUGCCGGGGUUGGUGUGGGGUACGAUCCAUACGGAAACAGUAACCUUUCUGCAACUACUUCCCAAGCUCCAAUUCAAACGCAGCAACAACAGCAACAGCCACAACAACAACAACCACAAUCGCAACCACCACAGCAACCACCACAACCCCCACCACAACAACAGCAGCAGCAACCCGGUGUUACGGGGUUGUCGUCCGCUGUUCCUCAAGUUCAGAAUCAGCAGAUGGAUCAUCAACAACAGCAGCAACAACCACCACCUUCGCUAGGCUCGUAUUACUCGAAGUCGUUCUACUAA